CGUCACUUCCGUGUUUCGCCAUUUGCAAACAUCAAUGUUUCGUUUAGUUUGUAAUCAAACAACGUUUUCUUUUCUGAAGGAUCAUCCCCAUUGUGGUUUUUCUUAAAAUUCUAUUCAAGAUGUUACAAUUUUUGUAAUAUAAUUUUCAAGAUAAGCAUGCAGAACACGACCCUUGAUCCAACAUCGGUCACUGUAAAUAUUUCACUUCUGUCAAGCACUCUAUCCACUAUGAGUGCAAGUACAAUUAACAGAACUGCAAUGCCUGUUUCCACCAACACAACCGAUAGUAAUAUAACUCAACCUCAGCCUCUAAUUUUUCUUCAGACUCCUGCAGCUCAGGGAAUUGCUGGCACCUUUGCCUUUGCAGCUAUUCUAAUUACUGUUCAUCAGAUAUACCUCCACCUUCGAUACUACACAUGCCCCAAUGAACAGCGAUGGAUUGUGCGAGUGCUGUUUAUUGUGCCAAUCUAUUCUUUUGAUUCCUUUCUAAGCCUCAUGUUUUUCAACAAUGACAACUAUUAUGUCUAUUUUGACAGCAUCAGAGAUUGCUAUGAAGCAUUCGUAAUAUACAGUUUCCUGAGCUUGUGCUAUGAGUAUCUUGGAGGAGAGGGAUCCAUCAUGUCAGAAAUUAGGGGUAAACCAAUUAGAUCAAGCUGGCUUUGGUGCACAUGCUGCCUAGCAGGACGUCAGUACACCAUUGGUUUUCUGCGUUUUUGCAAACAGGCCACCUUGCAAUUUUGCAUUGUGAAGCCCAUCAUGGCCAUUUUGACUCUACUUCUUCAGGCUUUUGGCUACUAUAAGGAUGGCAACUUUUCGCCAGCAAGUGGCUACUUGUACGUCACUAUCAUCUACAACAUUUCCGUCAGUUUGGCUCUGUAUGCUCUGCUCCUCUUCUAUUUUGCCACCCGAGAGCUCCUCAGUCCAUAUGACCCAGUUCUCAAAUUUUGCAUCAUCAAGUCAGUCAUCUUCCUCUCCUUUUGGCAAGGUGUGGUGUUGGCCAUCCUUGAAAAAGCCAAUGUUAUCAGUCCCAUCUAUUCUCACAAUGGAGAACAGAAGGUUGGAGUGGGUACAGUAUCAGCUGGUUGGCAGAAUUUCUUCGUUGGACUUGAGAUGUUUCUGGCGGCAGUAGCUUUGCGCUUUGCUUUUCCACACAGCGUCUACAGCUCUGGUCCCACUGCAGGCCAUGGUCGCACAGUGUCCCUGCAGAGCAUUUCCUCAUCGCUGAAGGAAACCAUGAACCCUAGGGAUAUAAUGCAGGAUGCCAUCCACAACUUUCACCCUCAGUACCAACAGUACACACAACACACACAGCAUGCAGGCUCUAAGCAGCUUCCAUAUCACCGCGAUGAUGAUGCUGGCGAGUACUCAUGGAACCGUGAUGGCUACUACCAGCAGGAACGCCCUGCAACCCAUCAGCAGAAUGGCCUGGCGGCGUCUAGCAGUGGGGGAGGUGGCCCUGUGUUGGGUCAGUCUCAAAGUCCCAACACUCUCCAACAGCAAUCUCAGCCUGUGGGUGUCCCAGGGCGUAAGAAUCGCUUUAAUGAGAAGACCACCCUGCUUAGCUCCGAUGAUGAGUUUCAGUAGGCAUUGACUGAGGGCUGAAGCAGCAAGGCAGCUGGGCACACGGGGUCAAAAAUGAAUGCUGCUGUAGCUGUUUCCACAUUACAUUGUGAUGGAUGUCAUACAGACUUAGAAGGUGGCAGGUUAGCAACAAGGGCUUUCUGUCUGCUGUCUGCAUCUUUAGAGCAAAAGAAAAAUAGAGCAUUGAGCUGAAAAUCAAAUUUCUGUCAGCAUCUUAUGCAGCCAGACUGGAAUAAAUUCAUCACUUUCACAGAUUUCACACAUUCCAAGCCUUGUUUAGUACAUGUUCUAAAGAGCUUUCUGUUAAUUGUUUUUUGCAUAGCAAUUGAGCUAUUGAAUUGAGCUGCAUAAAGGAUUUUUCAGGAAUGUUUUUUUUUUAACUGUUGUAAUAUUUUUCUUGUUUUGCAUACAUUUUUCUGGUGCUAUUCACAAUAAAUAGAUCUGUCAGCACCUGGUUUAUAGUUUUAAUUUUAUGUUUCUUAAGAUGCAGUCAGCAGAUGGUCUUAAAUCUUGGAUUUUACAGGGAGAGAAAGUAUGUUCUAUGUAUUAUUUUAAUGUAUUUGUGUAAGAAGGGCUUGUUUUGCAGACAACAUAAAAAAUGGAAAAGAAACAAUCAUAAAAUGCUUGCUUUUUUAUGGCGGAUCAUUUUCUCUGGUCACAGUUUUUUUCAUGAAUGCUAGACCAUUGUUCACCUAAAAAGCUUGAGACAUUCGACAAAUAAGCCUAUCAGAGUGUGAAUCUCCUAAGUAUCAUGAACGUAAGGCAUUUCUAGUGAUAGGUCACAUUAUUCAACCUCUGAAUUCUAAAAUUCAAAUAAACAUUGUAGGUGUGUUUAUUUAUUUAUUUUAUCACUUGAAAGAGAAAUGUAUCACUCAGUUUUGCUGUAUUUGAGAUAUACCUACAUUUAAGGACCAAUUGUCUAUUUAUUAAGUUUUAAAAAACUCUGUUUAAGUCCCUCUAUAUAUCAAAACACUGAUUUUGUGUAUAACUUACAGAAAUUUUUCAUAAUCUUGUAUAUAAUAUAGAUCUGUAUGUGUUUUGUGUACAGCACAGAGUAGUGACAUAUAUUUUGUUGUUCUUUUUGUCAGCCAUAAAAAUUGAGCUGAACUCAAAAUAUGUCAGUUUUAUAAGAUAUCACAUAUCCUAUUUCUGUUAAUGUAAAAAUAUUUCCAGGUGUGAUAAUAUAUACAUAGGUCAGUGAUAGUGUCCGUGAAAAAAAGUUAGUUCUGGAACCUAUGGUAUGCAAAGUUGUGUCCUGCAUUCCUGUGAACAUAUCUUGCAGAAAAGUAAACUUAUGUCCAAAAAUAGUGUUUAAAUGGUUAUUUACUGUGAGUAGUGUUAUAUUAGCAGAAAAUUUUCUGCUAAGACUCAGCCACCUUUGCUUUUCAUGAUUUUUGAAGUAUGUUGCCAUUUAAUUUUAGGCAUAUGUUUCCUAUUUGUGUGGAACUAAUGACCCAUAGUUGUGAACAAGCAGAUCUUCUUCUCCUUAGGUGUUUUCAUUUGAGCUGAAUGAUUUCUGAAGAUUACAAAUUUUAUUUCGAGUCUCUGAUCAAAUAUAAUCUAAACAUUACCAUAUUUAUCGGUGCUCUUUCAGAAAAUUUGUUCAAGGCUGGUGGAUAGCCAGAGAAAAUGGGAACUGAGAGAUGGAUGCUGUCUUCUUGAUUGCAGAAACAUUUAUUUAACUUAAUGCUUUAUUAUGGUGAUUUUUAACAAAUAGAAUUUUGUUUUAUUUGAUGAUUUUGACAGACUCAGUAUUGGUUCCUCUGUGCUUCUCAAGCAGCUAAAGUAUGAUGUGAUGACCAUAUGUCAGCAAAAGGCAUAUGCAGUGUAUUUUCUGCUCAGACUAUUCAAAUAUUAUAGCAGUAAUAAUCUCAUGCAUCAUGUUUCCUUAAAUUUUUUUUUUUUAAUUCUGAAAGAAGCUGGUACAGCCAGAAAGUAAAAUGACAAAAGCAGUGGAUUUACAUCGGCUUAAAGUAAAUAUGAACAAACUGGUUUCUUGAUUUACUUCGGUCAUUUCUUGGUGUGAGCUUUGAGUGGGAGGGAGAGUAGGCAGAGUAAAGGUGGACUAUUCAAGAAAUGAUCUGCUUAUAACAAAGCUUAAUUUUAGUUCAGUGGAACAUGAGGAAAAAGACGUAAGUAGAUAAUUGAAAGGAGUUAACAGUCAUAGAAUCAAGCAAGUAAUGAAAAGUACUUAGUUGGGGAAUGAUGUGGUAAGAAUUUAACAAGAUUUGGUGUUUAGCACAAGCUACAUGGCUUGUUCAUAGGUAUCUUUUUGUUAGGUUUUUAUAAGUAAGAAGGUUCUCAGUAUGACAUUGUUUUUGGGGAACAAAUGACCUUAAUGAACUAAGAGAACUAUAUGUUUGUAAGGUGCUGGGUAGAUAUUUUAUUUCUAUAUUUGUAAUUGUCCAGCAACAAAUCAGAAUAUCUGUUUAGCAUAAAUAGAUGCUGUUGUAUAUAUGCCAUAUUUUGUGCUACAGACCUUUGCACAUUAUACAUUAUUUAUUUUUCUCAUUUGCCAUUGCUGGGUUUGUUUCCUCUGUAUAUCUCAGUUAAAUAUUGUUAUGUAUGCAUUAUCAAGAGGAUACACCAGUUUCUUCUCCUACCAAUCUUCUAGCCACACCUUCCAUUUCCUCAAACAUUUUUCCCUUGCUUGCCUUGACAUUCUUGCCUGCUGCAUGGAUCAUUAUAGUUUAUAGUACAAUGUGGUGAUCAUCUGUACCCAUCAAACUCGUGUCACUUUAUAAUCAAAAUAUGUGUUAAUGUUUUGUGCCCAGCCCUGCUCUCUAGCUUCCGCAGCAUGAAGGCAGGCUGUAAAACUUGUUUUGGCACAUAAGAACCUCAAAAAAGGUCACACACUUUCAUGCUUUUUGCAGAAUGAUGUUCAACUAGUCAUAGUUGCCACUUUUUUUGGUUUCUUAACCAUAUUUUCUGAGCUCCUGUGAUUUGUGUUUUUCCCCUUGAUGGUGAGGGGGAUUAAUUGGCCAGAGCUUGUGAUUGCCCAUCUUUGUGCUGUUGCUGCCAUAAUUGUAUACAAUUACAUUAUUAUCUGCUGAUCUGUGUAACAGAAUUGAUGGUGAAUUGAUGUGCAAAGCCAGGUACAAAAUAUGUAAAAUAGGCUGUUGAGAAAAUGUUUUGAAAUGAUAAUAGUAUUAAAGUGUGCACAUUUUUAAAAAGGUAUUCAAUCAAAAUCAAUCAAUAAGCACAUUUAUAUGUGUUAUUCAAGCAACUUUGUGCUGCAAAUAGAGGUAAAAUAUAUCCUUAUACCUGAUUCUAUCAUAAGCAAGGUUUCAAGUCCUUGUGACAGUACGAAUACAUUUUUGUUCCUUUUUUUUUUUCUUUGACACAGUCAAGGGAACUUUCAUAAAGGUGGUGUAAAAUCAUGAAUUUUAUUGCAGAAUAUGUAUACAAGUGAUGCCAGUGAUAGUGUUGGGAUUUAGAGAGGAAGAGUAUUAUUUGACCAGUUGAAGUGCUAUCCCUUCCUUGCCUUUUUUUUUUUUUGGUCCCCCAUGUGUGAAAUUAAUAAUCAGCUCUAGGUGAUUACUUAUGAAUGCAUAUGAUGAAACUUAUAUAAUUUUUUGGCUUUACCAGGUACACAGAUUUCUUAAAAGUGUAAACUUCUGCUUAGUUUCCUUUUAAAAUCUGGGAAAGUAAUAAAUUAUUUGCUGUUGCUUUCAGUUAUUCUUUGUUAUACAAUAUCUGUAAAGUAUAUAUGUUUGAUAAAUUUUUAUCUGAGGUGUGAUUUAAAGUGUGUAGUUCCUUAUUAUUAAAGUUGCUGUUGUGUAACAUGAAGUAUUGCAUGCAUCAUCAUGUUGAUAUAAAAAAAAUCUUAAAAAUGAACAGCAAAACUGAUACUUUGUUUUUGUAGAUUCCAGAUGUCUCAGUUUCCCUGUUGACAACAGCAAGUGGUGCCAACUCUUUUGUUGUGAAAAGUUUCUCAAUAACCUUGGUGGUUUUUGUGUUGUUGCUGUUGAGGGGAAAGUCCAUUCUAUCAUUGAUUGGAUUGAUUAGGUCACAGAAAUAUUUUUCAAACGCCACUUCUUACACCUUUCAGCCUUUUCGUAUUUUGUGAGUAGUUUCCUUUUAUAAAUAUAAGAGGAAGCAUUUUGGAAAAACGUUUACAUUAUUUUUUUCCUAUUCCUUCACCAUUCUCCAUCCCUUUUGCUUGGGAACAAAUUCAUUUUUUUCUCUGUGUGAUCAAGUUUUUCAUGGCAUUGCUUUCAUAGCUUUCUGUUGCGAGAAAGCUAUUGAUCCACAAAAAUUGUAAGACUAUUUGUUACUACAAUAUAUUUUUGUAUUGUAAUAGGUAGUAUUGGUUAUUUUGAAUAUGUGUUCCAUGACAUACUUGUAUCUUUUGUAGUUAAUAUUUGUGAUAAUGUCAUUUUUUUAAAGUUCAUUAUAAAUGUUAUGCACUUCAGUUAAAGAAUUUCAGUUUUUAAAAAUAAUAAAAUCCAUACUGGAAGCUUGGAGGGAAAGUAAAAAAAAAAAAAAAAAAAAACCCCCCAACUUCCAAUGCAGGCACUGAAAUAUACACAUAUCAUCGUAACAGAAAAGACUGACAAAAUGAAUAGAAGAUAAAGCCAUAACAUUAGAACUAGUUUCACUCAAUUGCUAUAUCUCUCCUUUCCUUUGGACACAAACAUGCAUGCUUGUUCACAAGACAACACACAAACAGGUGAUGACUAUACAGGAAAAGACAGAAAGUAUUUUGAUAUAGAUUUAUUCUAAAUAAAAAUGGUUUCUAUAACUGAACUAUCAAAUUUAAGAAGUUGUCAUUUUAUGCUGAAUGUUUUUCCAUAUGAACAAGAAGACGUAAAAAACAAAAAAAUCUUCAUUACCUGUUUAACAUAGACACAAGUGUGAUGUACAAAUAUAUAAGAACAGUGGGGAAAGAAUUUGUGUAAGCCAAGUGGAUUAAGUGAUGAAUUUAUAGUAGUAUUUUUACAUAAAAAAAUAUUACUAUGUAUUUGUAGCACAUCAAUUGGUUUUAUUAUUUUUGUUAUUGCACAAAUGUAAAUAUUUAGGCAGAAAAGUUGCUUACCGUGUUUAAGCCAGAAAGAUCUAAGAGUGAGGAAAACUAUUUAGAAAAGAUGAAAUUUGAAAGAUGGGAGUGGGACAAUUUCACACGCACGCACAUGGUUUUUUAAAAUUUUAAACAAAAACCAUUAAUGUUGCAAGUAUGAGUUAGUUCAGAGAGGAUUGUCUUGAAAAUCCAAGACUGAGUUAUUCUGAAAUUCCAUUGCUGUAUUUUGAACAAUGAAUAUUUUGGACAGUCUUUGGUAUGUUUUUUAAUUGGGGAGUGCUUGAUGUGUUCAUUGUAGUAAAUACAGCUUGAUGCUGGCAGACAUACCCAGCAUCUUUAAGUCCACAGUUUCAUGCUCAUUGGCCAAGUACACCUUUUACAACUAUACAUGUAGAACUGUAAAGAGCUACUCUUAAGAAAAACUUUGCUGAAAUCUUUGUUAAAUGCAGAUCCCACAGACGACAAUCACUCCAGUCAAUGAGCAAAAGUUAAUGACCUGAUUUUGUUCCUAUUUUGCUGACAUGUUAUGCCAGAACACUUUCAGAUAUGGUGUUUUUUUUUUUACCUGGUCUAAUGUGGAGAAAUUUGUCUGCAAAAAUGACAGUUCUUUUGUUUUCAUUCAUUUCAGUUACUUGUCCAUGGCUAUAGUUAAGUAUACCUUAACUGUAUUUUAAACUAUGAAUUUUCUGUUUACACUAAGCUCUUAGAGCCUCUGCAUAUUGUGCAUUGCAUGCGGUACCUGCUACAUUUCUGUCAAUAUACAUGAACCCCUGAAAGAGUUAGGUAAAUAUGGCUUUACUCCUUGUGAGCCAUAUUUUUUAUUUUGCUGGGUUUUUUUUUUUUUUUUUUUUUUUUGUCUUGAGCUGUCUCAUAUAAUGUUGAUAUGAAUAACUUUCUAUUUAGCAAAUUGCUGAGGUUAUUAAAUGACCGCCAUUUUCAAUAACUGCCAAUGUGUUAUACAAAAUUAUUGUUAUUUACAAACACUGUGUUAAAAAGCAAUCUGUUAAGAAUAUUUUGGUCAAGACCAUUUGUCAGCAUGUUUGUGCACAUAAAUCUAUUGCACUCAAGCAAGAAUGUUUUACGUGCUAAUAUUGUACAGAUAUUGGAAAACUAAGUGCAAGCUUGUUAAAUAUAGAUAUCCACCAGACCUGACCACUGUACAGUUUUAAUAACCCCUUCAAAGGGUUUUGCCUCAUCAUCAUUAUAAUCAGUAUUAAGUUUGGCAUUAAGAUAUUAAAAUGUGGCAAUUGCAGGUGUCCAUGCAGCAAGUUGUCAGCAUCUGAAGGUGCACUUAGUUAUAAAUUUCACAAGUGCAUUUUUCCUCUUGAGUCAGCUAGCAGUAAAUUUCAAGGAAAUCAUUUGCACAGCAUCAUUUAGAAACCAGUACACUUAUUUGGCGAUAGGACCACAUUAUCUUAGCAGAAAAUAAUGAGUCUGUCUCACAUCCUUGGAGAUUUUAAAUGCCAUCAGACAUCAUGAUUUGAUGACAAUAGGUGAUCUGAUAUAGGAGGGGGAGGGAGCUCAUCAAUCAGUAAAGGUUGUGAAAUGUCAAUUUUGUGAUGCUCUUUGCCAAGAUGACAAUUAAAUGAACUUACUAGCAAUAGGCUCCGUUAUGUUCGUUUGUCAUUCUGGGGCAGUCCAAAGACUAUUGUUUAGAAAGACACUUGUUCUUGAUGCCUGCAGUUUUUAGUUGAUUAUCCUCAUAUGUGUUUAGUCACUUCCAUCUGCAGCUGUGGUGUCAGUUUGAGCAUACCAUUUUUUUGCCUGAAAUUGGCUUAGUGACUCAUUACUGCCACCAAAAAGACUACAUAUAGCAUUGUUUCUUUCUGUAUGGUACUGCUAUAUCAUUCAUUUCACUGUGGUUUAAAAUCUUUGCUUUGUUGACUGUCUUGUGCCAAGUGUUUUUCUUUUUAAACCAUCGUUUAGCGAAAAAGGCAAAGAACAUGAUCACAGAGAAAUCCUUACAAAUUCUUAUCCUGUUUUCAUUGUGCAUGUCGUGGUCUGUGUUACAAAUAAAUAUUCUAAAACUCCAAAGAUCA